AUGCAAGACCCCUACCCCUAUUCUGCGGAGUACGCCCCGUCAAAGCUGUCAUUUGAGCCCUAUUUACGGUACAAAACACCCACUGCAACGCUAACAGUCAUGGAGCUACCCUACACCACUGUCGACGUUUUCACGGACAAACCCUUUGAGGGGAACCCCCUGGCCAUUGUUACCAUCCCGCCCGGUGUCACUUUGACGCAAGAGCAGAAGCAAGCUGUUGCCAGAGAAUUCAACUACUCAGAGACGACCUUUGUGCACGAGGUCGAUGACACCUCAUCCAAGGAGCGGCGAUUCGACAUCUUCACGCCGACUGAGGAGCUGCCCUUUGCCGGCCACCCGACCGUCGGCACCGCCGUCUCUUUGAAGGUAAAGGGCGUCAAUAAGCUUCACGCUAAAGCUGGGCCGAUCUCCAUCGAAGAGACCGGUGAUGAUUCUGUGAGGGCAGAGAUCCCGCAUAAUGUUCGCCUCCAUCAGAAGCGCCUAAGGGAUCUUGGCCCUGGCCCUUUUAGUGACUCAAAGAAUGAGAUUGCUGCUGCAGAGAUCAACGCGCCCGUCUUCAGUAUUGUCAACGGCAUGACUUUUGUCCUCACCGAGCUCCCUUCGCUUGAGCUUCUUGGGUCGCUCAAGCCUGGGUCGGUUGAUUUUCAUCAAAAUGAACUAGUAGAUGAAGGCUGGCGCAAAACUUUCAUCUCACGGUACUUUUUCGUACGCCUUGGCACUGAGACUGUUGAUGGGCGCGUCGUACAGAAGAUCAGAACCCGCCUGAUUGAACCUGGUAUGGAGGACCCCGCGACGGGCAGCGCCGCGUGUGCGUUGUCCAGCUACCUGAGCUUGCACGAGCUAUCGGGCGAGUCCAUCAGCUUUGAGAUUACCCAGGGCGUCGAGAUGGGUCGCAAGAGCAACAUCUAUGUCGACGCCGUGGUAAGCCAAGGAUCGGACGGCUCACGCAAGCUGCAGACCCUGCAUCUUGGAGGAAAGGCGACCAAGGUCAUGAGCGGUCUCAUUACUGUGAGAGAAUAG